ACGGCUUAGAAUGCGGAAGGCGAGGGAGUGGGCGUGGUCACGGCUGUUUGCUAAUCGCGUGUAGUUUAAGGCGUCAUCUUCCAAUUCUACUUCUUAUGGCUGGAAAUGUCUCACGCUGGUCAGCAUUGUCUGUAUAAAAGACAAGGUGCAAAAUCAUAACACGAACACUCGAGAAUCGUUGGAAAAAAUGCAGUGGCAGAGAGGCCAACAUGACGGUGGAAAAGGCAGUGAAAAGGAGUGAGCGGUUGUCCCCUGCAGGUCGGUGACAUGGGCGCCCUGAGACGAGCGUGCAGAGUGGUGGGCCGGGUCAGCACGGGCAGGUCCUACCAGUUGGUGCUGCUGCUGGCCGGCUCCAUGGCCGUGGUGGCCUUCUACUACUUCGGCUCCGAGAAGCACAACUUCUCCAGCACCACCAAGAGGAUCAAGCAGACGCGGGCCAGCCACAACUCCAACAGGAACGACGCCGACCUGACGGCGGACUGGGCGGCCCGCCCCGGGGAGGAGAGCGGCGAGGUGGGCGGGGAGAAACGCCACUACCACCUCCUCAUGAUGUUCACCAAAGUGGACAAGAGCCGCAGCCUGCAGGACAAGUUCAGGGUGGCCAUGUUGUCCAUGGUGAAGCACGCCCGCUUCUUGGAAGGAGAGAAGCUGCUGCUUCAUUUUGUCAGCGACCAGGCCAGUCGAGAGCUGGCGGAGAAGAUGCUCCAGGAGUUCCUCGCAGAUGCCACCUUCAAGUAUGAGGUGGUGUUCCACGAUGUGGGGGCCCUCACCCGCAGCCUGGCCCCCAUCGUGGAAGCCAUGCAGAAACACUUCAGUGCCGGCUCGGGAGCUUACUACAGCGACGCCAUCUUCUUCCUGUCCGUCGCCAUGCACCGCAUCAUGCCUGAAGCUUUGACGCACAUGGUGCAGCUCGACCUGGACCUGGAGUACCGCGCCAACAUCAGGGACCUCUUCCAGGAAUUUCAGCACUUCGAGGCGGGGGCGGUCAUCGGCAUCGCCAGGGAGAUGCAGCCCGUGUACAGACACACCUUCUGGCAGUACCGCAAGGAGCACCCGGGCACCAAAGUGGGUGAGCCUCCUCCCGAUGGCCAGCCGGGCUUCAACAGUGGUGUGCUGCUGCUGCACCUGGCGGCCAUGCGGGCGUCUGACCUCUACAACCGCCUGCUGCAGCCUCACCACCUGGGCGGGCUGGCCGAGCAUUACCACUUCCGGGGUCACCUGGGGGACCAGGACUUCUUCACCAUGGUGGGUAUGGAGCACCCACACCUCUUCUACCCGCUGCCUUGUGGCUGGAACCGACAACUCUGCACCUGGUGGAGGGAGCACGGCUACGCUGAAGUCUUCCACUUGUACUACCGCUGUGACACACCCGUCUUUAUUUACCACGGCAACUGUAACAGCGUCAUACCCCAUGAUUGAACACACCCCUCUUUAUUUACCACGGUAACUGUAACAGCGUCAUACCCCAUGAUUGAACACACCCCUCUUUAUUUACCCUGACAACUGUAACAGUGUCAUACCCCAUGAUUGAACACACCCGUCUUUAUUUACCCUGACAACUGUAACAGUGUCAUACCCCAUGAUUGAACACACCCCUCUUUAUUUACCACGGUAACUGUAACAGCGUCAUACCCCAUGAUUGAACACACCCCUCUUUAUUUACCCUGGCAACUGUAACAGUGUCAUACCCCAUGAUUGAACACACCCCUCUUUAUUUACCACGGUAACUGUAACAGCGUCAUACCUGAAGAUUGAACACACCCCUCUUUAAUUACCACAGCAACUGUAACAGCGUCAUACCCCAUGAUUGAACACACCCCUCUUUAAUUACCACAGCAACUGUAACAGUGUCAUACCCCAUGAUUGAACACACCCCUCUUUAUUUACCAUGGGAACUGUAACAGUGUCAUACCCCAUGAUUGAACACACCCCUCUUUAUUUACCAUGGGAACUGUAACAGUGUCAUACCCCAUGAUUGAACACACCCCUCUUUAUUUACCAUGGCAACUGUAACAGCGUCAUACCUGAAGAUUGAACACACCGCUCUUUAUUUACCACAGCAACUGUAACAGUGUCAUACCCCAUGAUUGAACACACCCCUCUUUAUUUACCAUGGGAACUGUAACAGUGUCAUACCCCAUGAUUGAACACACCCCUCUUUAUUUACCAUGGCAACUGUAACAGCGUCAUACCUGAAGAUUGAUCACACCGCUCUUUAUUUACCACAGCAACUGUAACAGUGUCAUACCUGAAGAUUGAACACACCCCUCUUUAUUUACCACAGCAACUGUAACAGUGUCAUACCCCAUGAUUGAACACACCCCUCUUUAUUUACCACAGCAACUGUAACAGUGUCAUACCCCAUGAUUGAACACACCCCUCUUUAUUUACCAUGGCAACUGUAACAGUGUCAUACCUGAAGAUUGGACACACCCCUCUUUAUUUACCACGGCAACUGUAACAGCGUCAUACUUGAUUGAACACACCCUUCUUUAUUUACCACGGUAACUGUAACAGCGUCAUACCCCAUGAUUGAACACACCCCUCUUUAUUUACCCUGACAACUGUAACAGCGUCAUACCUGAAGAUUGAACACACCCCUCUUUAUUUACCACGGCAACUGUAACAGUGUCAUACCUGAAGAUUGAACACACCCCUCUUUAUUUACCCUGACAACUGUAACGGUGUCAUACCUGAAGAUUGAACACACCCCUCUUUAUUUACCACGGCAACUGUAACAGCGUCACACUUGAAGAUUGAACACACCCCUCUUUAUUUACCCUGACAACUGUAACAGUGUCAUACCCCAUGAUUGAACACACCCCUCUUUAUUUACCCUGACAACUGUAACAGUGUCAUACCCCAUGAUUGAACACACCCCUCUUUAUUUACCACGGCAACUGUAACAGCGUCACACUUGAAGAUUGAACACACCCCUCUUUAUUUACCACGGCAACUGUAACAGUGUCAUACCCCAUGAUUGAACACACCCCUCUUUAUUUACCACGGCAACUGUAACAGCGUCACACUUGAAGAUUGAACACACCCCUCUUUAUUUACCACGGCAACUGUAACAGCGUCAUACCCCAUGAUUGAACACACCCCUCUUUAUUUACCACGGCAACUGUAACAGCGUCAUACUUGAAGAUUGAACACACCCCUCUUUAUUUACCACGGCAACUGUAACAGUGUCAUACCCGAUAAUUGAACACACCCCUCUUUAUUUACCACGGCAACUGUAACAGUGACAUACCCGAUAAUUGAACACACCCCUCUUUAUUUACCAUGGCAACUGUAACAGUGUCAUACUUGAAGAUUGAACACACCCCUUUUUAUUUACCACAGCAACUGUAACAGCGUCAUACCUGAAGAUUGAACACACCCCUCUUUAUUUACCACAGCAACUGUAACAGUGUCAUACCUGAAGAUUGAACACACCCCUCUUUGUUUACCACAGCAACUGUAACAGUGUCAUACCUGAAGAUUGAACACACCCCUCUUUAUUUACCAUGGCAACUGUAACAGUGUCAUACCUGAAGAUUGAACACACCCCUCUUUAUUUACCAUGGCAACUGUAACAGUGUCAUACCUGAAGAUUGAACACACCCCUCUUUGUUUACCACGGCAACUGUAACAGCGUCAUACCCCAUGAUUGAACACACCCCUCUUUAUUUACCACAGCAACUGUAACAGUGUCAUACCUGAAGAUUGAACACACCCCUCUUUAUUUACCACAGCAACUGUA